UCUCUCCUCUACGAAUUCUUGCACCGCAGAAAUUGGUUCGAUCCUAUGCCCACCGUAGAUUGUUCACAAAGAAGAAGAAGAAGAAACGUGAAUUUAAUUUCUGUCUUCAGUUAGGCAAGGUCUGUCAACUAACAAGCUAUGGCAUCAGAGAAUCAAAUCAACAAGUUCCUUACUGUUGCUCCUUUUGAAUGCGCCUGGCCAAAUGAUUUGAGGUUUAAGGAACCUGGAAGAGGAUGUGUGGCUUUUGAAGCUUUUGCCCAUAAUGAUGUAACACUAGUUUUCAGAGAACACGUAGGCAGUCAAUAUUACCAUUACAAGACGGAUAACAGUCCUCACUACACUGUCAUAAUCGGUAGUCAUAGAAAUCGUCGACUUAAGAUCGAAGUAGAUGGAAAGACUGUUGUUGAUGUUGCAGGUGCCAAUCUAUGUUGCUCUCCCUCAUUUCAGAGUUAUUGGAUAAGUAUCUAUGAUGGCUUAAUUAGCAUUGGGAAAGGAAGGUACCCUUUUCAGAAUCUUUUCCUUCAGUGGCUUGAUUCUAAACCAAACUGUAGUGUUCAGUAUGUUGGUCUUAGCAGCUGGGACAAACAUGUAGGUUAUAGGAACGUAAAUAUACUGUCCAUAUCACAAAAUCCAAUUUCUUUGUUUGGCGGCGAGUAUGGAAAUGUUGUGGAGGAUGACGGGGGAGAUGUGGAUGAAGAUGAUGGGCAUUUUGGGAACUGGGGACUUAAGAAUUUCCUUGAAAAUUGGGAACUCUCGGAUGUAAUCUUCCUUGUAGGUAGCGAUGAGAGGACUGUACCGGCUCAUAAGGCAAUAUUGGCGUGUGCUGGAAAUUUUGGCUCUUGCUUCUCAGGUCAAACUGUAAUCCAGCUCCCAGAUGUUAGCUAUUCGGUUCUUCAUGCAUUCUUACAGUAUAUCUACAUUGGUCAUGCCAAAGUUCCAGAGUCAGAAGUCAUCGACUUAAGAGCUAUGAGCUUAAAAUAUGAAGUGUUGUCAUUGGUGAAACAAUGCGAAGAGAUUAUGGAGCGGUUUAUACUGAAUAAGAGUCUAUUCGAAUCUGGUAAAAAUGUGGAGAUAUCACAUCCAAGUUCAAGGCCUCGUUGUGGCUCGUUCUUUCCUGCUGGACUUCCCUUAAAUAUGCAUAUGCUUCAACAAUUCUUUAUAACUGGAGAAUACAGUGAUGUGGACAUCUACGUAGAUGGUCAUGGGCUCAUUGGUCGUUUACACAAAAUUAUCCUCGCCUUAGGGAGUAUUCCUUUUUCUAAAAUGUUGACAAAUGGAAUGAGUGAGAGCAUUUCUUCAAAGGUUGUUUUAAGGGAUGUGCCAAUUGAAUCGUUUAAGAUUAUGCUUGAAUUCAUGUAUUGUGGGGAAAUCAACCAGGAAGAGUCCAUAAAUGUAGGCACCUUGGUUCUAGAGCUUCUUUUGUUAGCAGAUCAGUUUGGAGUUACCUCCCUUCAUCAGGAUUGCUGCAAAACACUUUUAGAAGGUCUCUCUGAGGACACAACAUGCUCAAUUCUUCGAGUCAUUUCAUCUGUUCCAUCGUGUAAACUUAUUGAAGAAAAAUGCGAGCAGACUUUCGCAAUGCACUUCGAUUAUUGCACGACAACAAGCAUUGAUUUCGUGUUGUUAGACGAAGUGACUUUUAGCAAUGUUCUUAAGCAUCCAGAUCUGACAGUGACUUCUGAGGAAAGGAUUCUUAACGCCAUCCUACUUUGGUGCUCACAAGCUACAGAAGAAUACAACUGGGAGGUGGUUGAUGAGAAGAUCUUUGAUUUGACCCUUUACGAACUUUUUGGAGAAAGAUCUUGUUUUAUUGACAACUUUCUACCACUAGUACGUUUCCCCUUGCUUGCCGAUACUUUACUCAAGAAGUUAGAAAGGAGUAAUCUUAGUAGAAAGAUUUCAACCUUGCAUUCUCUGGUGGAAGAGGCGAUCAAAUUCUCGGAAUCUGGAUUAGUUAGCCAAAUGGAUGAUCAAAAGUACCAACACAGACGAUCUAGCUUCAAGGAUCGCCAGUUCAUAUGUGAUGGAGACAGCAAUGGAGUUCUUUAUUUUGCUGGAACAUCUUACGGUGAACACCAGUGGAUGAAUCCCGUGUUGUCCAAGAGGAUUAAUAUUUCUGCAAGUAGCCCGGUCUCAAGAUUCACAGACCCUAAGGUUUUAGCCGCAAGAACUUACCAGGGAACAUCCUUUGCUGGUCCGAGGAUUGAGGAUGGGAAAAACAGCACAUGGUGGAUGGUCGACGUUGGACAAGAUCAUCAGCUUAUGUGCAACUAUUACACAUUAAGGCAGGAUGGAUCAAGAGCUUACAUAAGAUCUUGGAAGUUUCAGGGUUCCAUGGAUGGAAAGACAUGGACAAACGUGAGAGUACAUGAGAAUGACCAGACAAUGUGUAAGCCUGGUCAGUAUGCGUCAUGGGCUAUAACUGGACCGAGUGCUCUCCUUCCCUUCAGAUUCUUCAAAGUCAUCUUGACAGCUCCAUCAACAGACGAGACUUGGAACUUCUGCAUUUGCUUUUUGGAGCUCUAUGGCUACUUUCACUAAGUCCAUACCCAAAAUAUGACUAUUUGGUUUAACCAAAAAGGGUCUACAAUGUACAAUUGCAAUUUCUUGUGUCAAUGUGUUUGUAAUAAUCCAGUUUAUUUGAAAACGGUUUUACACGAACAUUUCAACUUAAA